CUAAUGUUUAAUGAAGCAUUCUUUCAUUUUUUCCAUUUUAACAAGGAGACGUGAGCUUUAGUUGGCAGGUUGUGUGGGUUCUGUGAAAUAAGGUGACAGGGACGAUUUGCUGGAUGUUUUCAGCUGAAUGUUGGCUAUGUCUCUGAGCUCUCCUCUUCCGAUUCUCUCCGUCCACCCCUCUCGGGCUCUGGUGGAUGAGAAGUUUGAGGUUAUUGUGGAGAAUCUCUCUCCAGGAUGUCCGGUCACCAUCCGCUCGUUGCACCACUCAGAGGAUGGAGAUGACUGGGAGGCCUAUGGGCUCUAUGUCAGCGAUCACACUGGGAGGGUUUCAGUUUCACAGGAUAUGAGUUUUGGAGGAACAUACUCUGGGAGAGAGUCCAUGGGUUUGAUAUGGAGCAUGCGUCCUGUCCCAGGCAGCCGCACCGGACUCAGGUUGAGAAAGAAGGACAUCACCACCCCCAUGCUGGUCAGCAUCUCCUUGUACAGUGGACACGAGGACUUCAGGGACAAGAGCCCUUUGGCCUCGAUGGUCACAGAGAGGUGGUACAUGGGUCCAGGCAUGCAAAGGAUCAAAAUCACUGAGGGAGGAUUACGAGGGAGUCUGUUUAUACCCCCAGGUCCAGGACCAUACCCUGGGAUGCUGGACCUGUGGGGAGCUGGAGGAGGGCUGGUGGAGUAUCGCUCCGCCCUGCUGGCAUCUCAUGGUUAUGUUUGCCUGGCUCUGGAGUACUUCAAAAUGGGUCAUAUGAAGUCAACAGAUAUGAGUUUCGAUUACUUUGUGAAAGCCUAUCAUGUCCUGAAGGGUCAUCCUCAAGUCAUCCCAGACAAAGUUGGGAUAAUUGGUAUGUGCCUUGGCACCGUUGUGACCCUAAACUUGGUGGCUGAAAACACAGAGAUCAAGCCUUCUUGUGUUGUUUGCAUCAGCAAUGUCAUCAGUAAAUCUCCGGGAAAUUCCCUCAGUGGGUUUCAGCAAAGCAUUCCCAGUGAGUUCAACAAGAUACGUCUGGAUGAAAACAACUAUCAGAUCUGGAAGGAUGUGGGGCUGGCGGUUCUGAAAGAGCCCUCGAUGAAAGUUAACGUGGCCAAAAUAAACUGUCCCCUUUUGCUGGUCAACGGAUGUGAUGAUCAGAACUGGUGUGCAGUGGAGACAGCUGAUGAUAUAUCCAACACAAUGAAUGCAGCUGGAAAGGGACAUCUGGUGACCCGACUGGACUAUGCUGACACCGGACAUCUGAUCGAGCCGCCGUUCUUGCCUCAUUGCGCAGCUGGAAACGUCAUACUUCACAGCUCAAAUGAAAAAGUGAUCCAGGCUUAUGGAGGAAAAACCAAACCUCACUCUCACGCUCAGGAAGACUCCUGGACGAAGAUCCUCAGUUUCCUGCAACACCAUCUUUACUGCAGGCCCACAGCCAAGUUGUGAUGAUCCCCAGGCCAACAUCAUGGUGUCAGAUUCUGUACGCAUGGAUGCUUUUUACCAUUUCAAUCCACAGAGCAGUUCUAACACACAAUUAUUUGUGAGAGAUUUAUGUCAGUGUUUUAAGGGUUUCUUUUGGUCAAAAUAAACUUUUUCAGACUCAAA